AAAGCGAAGGAAGAGUUGUCGGAGUUCGUCAUUCCGACAGUUUUCCGGUAAACGCCCAACGAAUAUCUUUGUCUUCCUCUGAAAUAGAAAAAUGCAAUGGACUGAAGGAGUGCAAUUAAUUCAUCGAUUUAUUAGACGUAAAAAAAAUUAAAAGUGUUAAAAAAAAAAUAGAUUUCAUGUAUUUCGAUAUUCACAUUCGAAAGUGGUCACUUAAAUAUUCGAACAUUUGAGAUCGCUCACGAUGGUACGGAACAAAAAUCUUUCUCGCUCGAAGAAGCGAAAAUUCGAUCAGCAUCGUCCACAAAAGCCAUUCAAGAAAUCAAAAUUCAGUUACAAAAAUAAACCGGCUUAUUUAAUAGAGCGAGAGGCUAGGAACAAAGAAUUGCCCAAGAAAUUCAAACCUCCACCUAUUCAAGAAAAAGAAAACUGGAAAAAUAUUCGAGCAGAGAGCUCGGAAGACGAACAAGAAGAUCCCCUGAAAGUUUUGUUACAGACUUUCGGUAAUAAAAAUCCGUUAAAAAUGACGGUUGUUUCUGAUUCAGAAAGCGAAUAUGAAGAAAACGAAGUAUUAGGUGAAGAAGAAGAUCUAGACGAUGAGAAGGAUUUAGAGGAUGAGGAAGAUUUAGAGGAUGAAGAAGAUUUAGAAGAUGAGGAAGAUUUGGAAGGUGAGGAAGAUUUAGAAGGCGAGGAAGAUUUAGAAGACGAUGAAGAUUUAGACGAUGAAGAAGAUUUAGAGGAAGAGGACAUUCCUGAUGACGAACAAAAUUUAAAAAUAGAAUCACAAGAUAUUGGGAAUAAAAAAACCUGUUUAAAGAAAAAGAAAUUAAAACAGCUUCUCACACUCGAGGAUACUGAUGAAGAAGAAAUAACUUUAAACUACGAAGAAGAGAAAGAAGAUCUCGACCCAAAAACCGAAUUGUCUGACCCAUUUUCUCUCCACCUUCAAAACGAUCUCAGCGACGAUCUCUAUAAAUCCGUCUCCGCCGCAUCAAAAUUUGAAACCCUUACUCUAAACUGGCCCAUUUUAGGCCACAUCCAAUGUCAAAUUCCAGCCAGCGAAACCCCUAACACUGAAUCAGUAAAUACAAAGAAAAAAUUUGCGGUUUCUCUCAUUGGGGAAACACAAUUUGCUAAACCGGGAAGCCCUCCAACUUUAAUUUCUACCAUUGAUUGGAAGGGUCUGUACGUAAAACCUCAGGUUCAUGUAAAUGUCAGCAAAGCAAACUACGAAAAUAUCAAGGACAAUCUAGAAAAUGAAAAAAGUUCGCUGACUUCCUUGCAGAAAGAGCUUUUCUCUUUAAUAAACAAUUAUCAAGACUUAUAUUAUCCUCAGCGAACUUUGUCCAACGCAGAGCAAAUAAGACUCGUUUAUUGCCUCCAUGCAGUCAAUCACGUUUUGAAAACUAGGAUGAAGAUUCUGAGACAUAAUUUGAAAUUGUCGAAGAAUCGCUCCGAUGAAGUUCCUGAUGAAUUUAGAGAUCAAGGAUUAGUGAGGCCGAAGGUUUUAAUCGUUGUUCCGUUUAGACAUUCUUGUUUUAAGAUUGUUGAGAAGCUGAUUGCAUUGUUGAUUGACGAAGGAAAAGGAGGUUCUGUGAUGAACAAGAAGAGGUUUAUGGAAGAAUUUAGUAGUGGAGAAAUCAUACUGCCGAAGAAAAAUCCUAAACCAGAGGAUUACUAUAAUACUUUCAAAGGAAAUACUGACGAUUGUUUUAGGAUUGGAAUUCAAGUAACGAAGAAGGUGUUGAAGCUUUAUUCUGAUUUUUAUUCCUCGGAUAUUAUUGUUGCAUCGCCAGUAGGAUUAAAGAUGUUGAUUGGAGCUGAGGGUGAACCGGAUAGAGAUUAUGAUUUUUUAGCGUCUAUUGAAGUGAUGAUUCUGGACCAGACAGAGAUUUUCAUCAUGCAAAAUUGGGAUCAUCUUCUUCAUUUGAUGGAUCACAUGCAUCUACAACCGAAGGUCUCGAGGGGGGCGGAUUUUUCAAGAAUCAGGAGCUGGGCUGUGAAUGGAUGGACUAAAUAUUAUAGACAAACGUUGAUAUUUUCUGCAUUUGAAGUCCCUGAAAUUUACGGAAUAUUCAGCAAGCGCUGUCACAAUUAUGCUGGAAGGAACAAAGUCGCCAAUCCCAUAUCUCCAGGUUCAGCCUCUCAAGUUUUUGUACAAAUUCCCCAAGUUUAUCACCGUUUUGAAGCGAGUAGUUACUCGCAAUCGAUCAAUGCCCGCUUCAAUUGCUUCGUUUCCAAAAUCCUUCCUCAAUACUCUGACUCAGUUAUGGCCCACACUCUAAUUGUCGUACCUACUUAUUUCGACUUUCUGAAACUUCGAAAUUACAUGAUGAAGGAACAAUAUAGUUUUGUACAGAUUUGCGAGUAUUCCAAGGAUGGAAAAGUUGCGAGAGCUCGUGAUAUAUUUUUCCACAACGAAGCGCAAUUUCUUUUGUAUUCGGAGAGAUAUCACUUUUAUAAAAGAAUUAGAAUUAAGGGAAUUAGGCAUAUUAUUUUUUACGGACUCCCUGUUGUUCCGCAUUUUUAUAGCGAGAUAUGUAACUUUAUGCAAGAGAGUAAUCAGAAUCCGAAAGGAGGUUCGGAGAGUAAUAUGUCUGUCACGGUUGUUUAUUGUAAGUUUGAUGUCUUACAACUAUCUUCUGUUGUUGGCACCGAAAGAGCUGUGCAAAUGCUCACUUCGGAGAAAAAUGUUCAUAUGAUCAUUACCGAUAAGUGAGUUCUCCUGUAAAUUUAGGUUAAAAAUUCUGUAUAAAAUAUAUUUAUAAAAUGGAAAAUAAAAAGAAUAAAAACCUAAAAUGGAAAUAAAA